CAGCAGCAGCAGCAAGGGGGGAAAGGCGCAGCCGCCGCAGGGCCUGCUGGAGCUGUUUGUGCCCUUCAACUGUCUGAGUCUUUACGCGGGGCUAGCCAUAAGUGAUUUGCAUGCAGCAGCAGCUGCUGCUGCUUCGGACGCUGCAGCAGAUGCGGCAGCAACAGCAGCAACAGCAGCAGCAGCUGCUGCUGCUGCCGAAAACGAAGCAGAGCCCCUCGCAGCGUCCUCGCAGGACUCGCCUGCUACUCAGUCGCCCGAGGUCGGCAGCAGCAGCAGCAGCAGCAGCAGCAGCAGCAGCCGCAGCAGCAAGAAGCACAGCGGUUCACCGGGCGCUUCGUCGACGAGUGGCUCUGCAGCCGACGCAGCAGCAGCAGCUGCAGCUUCUGCAGCAGCAGAAGCAGCAGCAGCCGCAGCAGCAGCAGCAGCAAACAAGGAAAAGGAAAGGGGGUUGUGUCUGCCGGGUUCUGUGUACGGCGUGCUGGGUGCAGCAGCAACGCCGAUGCUGCUGCCGUUCGCGCUGCUGCCAGCAGCAGCAGCAGCAGCAGCAGCAGCAGCAGCAAACAACCCGCUGAGCAGCAGAACCCCCCUCAACAAAGCCUGCUACACUGGCUGCGCCUACCGCUGCUGCCGCAUGCAGCCGCUGCUGCUGCAGCCAGACCCCACAGCUUCUUGCUGCUACCAGCUGCUGCUGCACCGGCCCUCUCUGGAGGCCUGGGGGGCUUCUAUGGAGCUUCCUGCUGCUGCUGUUGCUGCUUACUUCGAAGCAGAUGCUGUUGCUGCUGCAGCAGACGUCCUCGCGCCAGCAGCAGCAGCAGCAGCAGCAGCACGAGAGCCCCACGCCCACUUCGCCCUCUUCUGGACCUGCGCCAGCUUCCUCCCCGCCAUCCUCGAAUUCGCCUUCGACGUGCCCGGGGACUGCGUGCUGUCGCUGGACGCGUGGCUGCGCACAACUGCUGCUGCGGGUUUGCUGACGGAGGAGCUGCUGCUGCAGCAGCUGCAUGCAGCAGAAGCCACGGGUUUUGGGGCUUUGGACUUCGAGGCCCCUUCCCCCGAGCAGCAGCAGCAGCAGCAGCAGCAGCAGCAGCAGCAGCAGCAGCAGCAGCAGCAGCAGCAGUUUUGGGGGUGGGCCGACCAAGAGCCUUCUCCAGACCUCAGGCACAGAUGCAGAAGGCUUUGGCAACUCCUCACGCUGCCCCUUGAAGAUGCUGCGGAGUUUGUGGCUCAAGCCCGGCCUCUGCUGCACCGGAGAGACGCAGAAGAAAUCUCGACGGUGUCUGCUGCUGCUGCUGGUGCUGCUGCUGCUUCUGGUGCUGCUGCUGCUGCUGCUGCUGAGGGUUUGGACGAGGACUCAGUGGACCUGCCGCUGCACCGCAGCGUGGAGGAGCAGCUGCAGCGGCUGCUGCUGCUGCAGCACUUGCUGCUGGAGAUUGAAGGGUUUCAGGAGCAGCAGCAGCUGCAGUUUUCGCUGCUGCUGCCUCUCGACCGCAGCAGCUACAGCUCAGGCCUUUUCUUCUGCAUUGUGGGGUCCGCGUUGCAGCAGCAGCAGCAGAGCAAGCAGCAGCAGCAGCAGCAGCACAAGCAGCAGCAGCACAAGCAGCAGCAGCAGCAGCAGCAAACCAAACUGCGCGAGGUCUUUGCUGUUGGGGGCCGCUGCGACGCUCUUAUCCGCCAAUCCCAGGGUAGAGAUGCAGCAGCAGCAGCUGCUGCUGCUGCUGCUGCCAUUUUUGUGGAGAUUGACAUUGACUGCCUGUGUUCACGGCUGCUGCACAUCCAGCAGCAGCAGCAGGAGUCUCCAGCAGCAGCAGCAGCCGCUGCUGCUGCUGCUGCUGCUCUGACACCGGUCUGGAACGAGUCGAAUAGCAGCAGCUGCAGCAGCAGCAGCAAGCGAGGCAACGGCGAUGCUGCGGCAAGCAGCAGCAGCAGCAGUAGCAGCGCGAGCAGCAGCGCGAGCAACAGCAGCAGCACGAGCAGCAGCAGCUGCUGCAUGAGCAACAGCAGCAGCAGCAGCAGCCUCCAGGAUGUAGCAGCAGGCUGGGUCCUCCCCCAGGUGCUGCUGUGUGUCCCGCAGCAGCAGCCGCAGCUGCUGCUGCCAGCAUUUCGCUUGAGAGCUUUGCUGCUAAGAAAUGGACUCAAGGUGAGCCCUAAACCCUAA